UUGAGUGUACGGGGAAAAAAUAAGAAAGAGAAACUUGAAGACUUUUUUAAAAACAUGGUUAAGUCUGCUGAUGGGGUCAUUGUUUCAGGAGUAAAGGAUGUAGAUGAUUUUUUUGAACAUGAAAGAACAUUCCUAGUAGAAUAUCACAACCGUGUCAAGGAUUCUUCUCUCAAGUCUGAUAAAAUGACAAGAUCCCACAAAAAUGUUGCAGAUGACUACAAUAGAAUUGGUUCUUCAUUAUAUACAUUGGGAACACAGGACUCCACAGAUAUAUGCAAGUAAUACUUGAUCAGUUUUUCAUCAUUGUACAAAAAAUUGCAGAAGCUUGAGGCCCGUGUAUCUGCUGAUGAGGAUCUUAAACUCUCAGAUCUUCUAAAAUACUACCUAAGAGAAUCACAAGCUGCAAAGGACCUUCUGUAUAGGAGAUCAAGGUCAUUGGUGGAUUAUGAAAAUGCUAACAAGGCACUGGAUAAAGCAAGAGCAAAGAAUAAAGAUGUUCUGCAAGCUGAAAAUACUCAGCAGCUUUGCUGUCAUAAAUUUGAAAAAAUAUCUGAAUCAGCAAAACAAGAACUUAUAGAUUUUAAAACUAGAAGAGUUGCUGCAUUCCGGAAGAAUCUAGUAGAACUGGCGGAAUUGGAACUGAAACAUGCUAAGGGCAAUUUACAGCUGUUGCAGAGCUGUCUGGCAGUGCUUAAUGGUGAUACAUAAACUAGAAUCUAUCAUCCUGUUAAUAAGGGCUGCCUUCCACUGGAGUUUACGACUUUGAGUUAAUAUUUACAACUGGGUGGAUUUGGUGACAAAGGAUACACAAACACGUUCCUUUUUUUCCAAAAAAAAACAAAAAACACAUAAGCGUAUCAGAAUAAUUCCAAAUUAUAUGAAGCAACAAUAUAUUUGCUAGAAAUAUUCACGUUAAUUUAAUCACUGUACACUCUUAUUGUCCAAGAAACCAAAUGUUCUGAGUCUUUCUUUUGUGAAAGUAGCCAAUAGAAUUAUGUUUUUGUUUAAAGCUAGUGUUAAAUAUUGCUGCCAUUCUUACUUUACUACCUUUGUAAUGUCUGAAGCUGAUUUGAAACAUAUGGUUUCAAAACAAUUAAAUAUUGCCACUAGGUGUUUGGAUAAUGUUACUGUAAAGCAUUGUUUUGGUUAUUUCACAUAUUGUUAUCAAGCAUCUUAACUUUUUCAAAUAACAUUUCCUAGAAAUUUUGGAGCAAACUUUAUGUAAUCUUUAUAAUACAACCUCAGAAAAAAAAGCAAAUGCAUUAGUAUAUUUGCCUUAACUUGUAGACUAAUCCCAAUUACUGUAAAAUAAACAGCGCAAUCAUUGAAUUUUUCUAAAAUCACAAGUCAUUGUAUCAUUGUAAUUGUUAAGCCUGAUGUUCUGAUAAUUGUCUCCACUUUAUACUUUUUAAUUAUGUUUGUUUUUAAAUAAAUACUUGAUUCCCUA